GCACUCUUUGUUACUUGUCUGAUUAGAGUAAAGAAAGAUGGGAAGCUAGGAGAAGCAUUUAAUAAUCUUGGCUAAAAAUAACUUGCAUGGACAACAUUAGAGAUAAAAAGAUUUGUUUAGUAAAAUCACUGUGAAGCUUAAGAGACUGUAACUUAUAAUUUGACCAUUGCAUUCUUGUACUGUACCAUAUGAGAUUUCUGAACAGAAAUGAUUUAGUAAAGAAACUGCCAGAAGGCAUAAAUAGACUGUGAAAAUCUUCUCUUUUAAGCAACUUUCAUGACUGCUCUAAAUUGAUCAUUUGUUUCACUGAAUAAUUUCUAAACAACAGAGCAUGUCCUUUUCACUUGUAAAAUUCUCUCCCACAAGAUGAAUUACCUCCUCAUCACCUCACUAACUGGCCAAUAAGUACUUUAUUCCCUGGUGGGGACUUUUUGUGAAGAAAAGAAAAAAUCAGCUUGUGCUUUGCUUGCUGGAGCUGUCUGCAUCUUAAUUCCAGACUCUGAAUGAACAUCAGAGGCCCUUAUGAUAUUUUGCACAAAAGUCCCAGUGUUCGUAGUUUUACUCAGGGCACCCAAAAUAGCACUCAGAAAGCAGUGACAUACUGUCAGGAUCGGAAACUGAAAGCACAAGAGUAUGUAACUAGAAGGAAGCUGUGACUUCUGAAGCUUGCUGAGUAGACUGUGAAGUCAAAAGAACUCUUUCCCUUGUUCCAUCAAAUGUUUAAUUUGACUUUUAUACUUUCCAUCUGCAAGCCUCCCAGGGCCUAGAAGUUAUAGAGAUCAUAAAAUAAUCUACUGGCAGGUAAAUUUUGAGAUGAUGGUAGAAUAACAAAGUACAGAUACCAUCUAAACAGUUACUAUAACAGGACUGGAAAGGAGAUAAGAAGGAAUAUGGUGAAAAAUAUAUUUUAGAAGCAUAUUUGCAGAAUAGGUAUUUGCAGAAGGAGAGAAAGUACUACUUUACUUUUGCCUACUGAUUUCUCAGAGGAGUAUCUCUACUGAAAAGACACUUCAGCAUGAAUUGCUAUGUGUCACUACCAUUUCUCUUGGGAUUGGCUCAACUAUGUCCCUGUCAUACAGAUAUGACCAACUCCAAAAUGCAUGAGAUGAGACAGCCACUACAAUCUCAUAUGAGAGCAAAGCGGACCUGGGUGUGGCAUAAUUUUUUUGUGCAAGAGGAACUGACAGUACCUGAGCAACCUGUGGGUCGGCUGAGAUCUAAUCUGGAUAAAGGGGAUGCAUCUUUGAUAUACUUGUUGUCUGGGGAUGGAGCUGGGAGUAUUUUUAUCAUUGACAACAGAACAGGUGAUAUAACUGCCAUAAAAAAGCUUGAUAGAGAGGAGAAAGCCUACUACAAACUACGAGCCCAGGUGCUAAAUGUUAACACUGGGAAACCUGUGGAACCUGAGUCUGAAUUUGUCAUCAAAGUUCUGGAUAUCAAUGACAAUAAACCACAGUUCCUAGAUGGACCUUAUGAGACCCGCAUACCAGAAAUGUCUCCAGAAGGAACUUCAGUUAUCCAGGUGACAGCUACAGAUAAUGAUGAUCCUUCAUAUGGGAAUAAUGCUAGACUCAUUUACACUCUACUACAGGGACGUCCCUAUUUUACUGUAGAGCCAACAACAGGAAUUCUAAGAAUUUCUUCACAAAUGGACCGAGAAGCUAAAGACCAAUAUUUGGUUGUUGUUCAAGCUACAGACAUGCUUGGUCUUCCAGGAGGACUUUCUGGCACAACAACUGUCACAAUUAAUCUAUCUGAUGUCAAUGAUAACAGGCCUAUAUUCCAACUUGGACUUUAUCAUAUGAAUGUCUCUGAAUCUGCACCAGUUGGAACUUCCAUAGGAAUAAUCAUGGCAGAAGACAGCGAUAUAGGAGAAAAUGCAAAAAUGAAUUACAGUAUUGAAGAUGGUUCACAUAUAUUUGAUAUUAUCACCAAUAAUGAGACACAGGAAGGAAUAGUUGUAUUAAAAAAGAAAUUGGAUUAUGAGCAACAGCGACAAUACAGUGUUCGAGCAAAGGUUACCAACAGUUUCAUUGAUGAAUAUUUUCCAAAGGAUGAAAAUUCUGGGCAAACUACUAUUAUUAAAAUCAGAGUGGAAGAUGCUGAUGAACCACCAGUUUUCUCCCAUCUGGAGUAUCUAAUGGAAGUUGCUGAAGAGACUCCCUUUGGUUCAUAUGUGGGCUCUGUAUUUGCUAGAGAUCCAGAUGUAACCAAUUCUCCAAUCAGGUAUUCUGUUGUUGGCUGCAGUUUAUUUAGCAUUGAUGACAAUGGCACCAUCGUUAUAACUGAACGUUUGGACCGGGAGAUGGCUGCGUGGUACAACCUAACUGUUACAGCCACUGAAGAAAAUAAUUUACAACAAGUAUCUGAGGCACAGGUGUAUGUGCAUGUUUUGAAUGUCAAUGACCAUGCACCUGAAUUCUUUCAGUACUAUGAAACAUAUGUUUGUGAAAAGGCAAAUCCUGGGGAGCUAAUUCAGACCAUCAGUGCUGUUGAUAAGGAUGCUUCUGUAGAAGACCAUAGAUUUUCCUUCAAUCUGUCUACAGAAGCCACAAGCAACUUGAGUUUUACUGUUAGAGAUAAUCAAGAUAACACAGCUGGAAUUCUGACCAGUAGGAGUGGCUUUAGCCGUCAAGAACAGCCUGUCUUCUACCUGCCAAUUUUAAUCUCGGACAAUGAAAUCCCAUCACUUACAAGUACAAAUACUCUUACUAUCCAUGCCUGUGAGUGUGAUGAGAAUGGUGGUUCCCAGGCCUGCACAUAUGGAGCUCUUACAUUUUCUAUGGGUUUCAGUACAGAGUAUUUAAUUGCUAUUUUGACCUGUAUACUAAUAAUAUUAGUAUUUAUCUUCAUGAUCCUGGGCCUAAAGCAAGGCCAGAAGCAAGCUCUAUUUCCUGAUAAAUGUGAAGAAUUUAGGGAGAAUAUUGUUACAUAUGAUGAUGAAGGAGGUGGAGAAGAAGAUACAGAGGCUUUUGAUAUUGCAGCACUGAGGACCCGCACUGUAAUGAGAACAAAAAAGACUCGGAAGAAUAUCACCACUGAAAUCAGGAGUCUAUAUAGGCAAUCUCUGCAGGUGGGCCCAGACAGUGCUGUGUUCAAGGAAUUCAUUUUGGCCAAGCUUGAAGAAGCCAAUACAGAUCCUUGUGCACCUCCCUUUGAUUCUCUUCAGACUUAUGCUUUUGAGGGAACAGGGUCACUAGCUGGGUCUCUUAGCUCUCUGGAGUCAAGCAUUUCAGAUCCAGAUCAGAAUUUUGAUUACUUAACUGAAUUAGGACCUCGUUUUAAAAAGUUAGCAAGCAUGUAUUGUUCCAGAGUCCAUACAAAGAAUUAGUUCUCUAGAGGACUUUUUUUUUUAAAUAAAGACACAGCAGGGGAUAUGUGAUACAGUGGUGAAUCAAAUUGAACAUUUUAGUAGACCAUAUGUGAGCAGGUGGACUCUAUGUCUCUCUCUGUCUUGCUUAUCAGUUUUUCUAGCUUUUCUGGCUAUUAUAGAAUCUGUUCCAUUGUUUACUAUGAUCAUCUUCUAAACUGAAUCCUAUUGACUACAAAGAGUUAAAGGUUUUUCUUAAGUGCCUAUCUUCUGUCUUUGGUCUAAAGAGUAAUUUGGGUGAAAGAAAGAGUCAUUUUUUUUAAAAGUUGCCUCUUUUGAAGACCUAGUGACAUGAUAUAACUUUGAAGAAUAUUUAAACAAAUAAAUGGGUUCCUCCCUGAGAUUCUUUUUCCUCUUCUUUGUCUUCCCUUGUACAUACUCUGCCUAAAUUAAUCUUGAAACAAUCUCCAAAGUGAGAUGGCAGGAUUAUAUUGAUGAACCAAAGCUAUAGUGUUUAAAAUAUAUGUUAUAUUUAGUAAGAUAGAAAUCUGAGUAUAAAAAAAGACAAGGGAAUGUUUAUAAGAAGCACUUGUGAGAUAUUUAUUUAUUUUUCCAAUUAUAAAACUAAAAAUGAUUUUUUCAUUAUCAAAAUGAAGAUCUAUUAUGCAGUGUCAACAUUUAUUCAUCAUUAAAUGAUAUUUGAAUUUUAUGAAUCUAUUGGGAAAUGUGUUAUAUUCAUAAUUAAUAUUUCACUGGUAUUAUAAAAAUAUAGAAAAGAGGAAUACUUUCAAGCUUGAAUCAAUAUUCAUAUUAAACAUGAUAAUCAACCACAUUGUCUAUUAUAGUGCAUAAAAUCCAAUACUGUACAAUUCAGGAUAUUUUCCAUUUUAUUAAGAGCUAAGAAGAUGACUGAUUUCUUAGCACAGGUUUUUUUUUAUUGUGGAAUAUAAAAUUAGGUACAGUAGUCAUUUUAAUAUAACACUAUUAAGGAACUUUAAAAAGCUAAGUUGCUGGACAUAAAACUUUAUGGUUAACAUUAGAUUAUAAGAUAGUAAAACACUUUAAUUUCAAUCUACCUCUUCAGAUAAAGGUUCUUUAUUAUAUCAAAAUCAAGUCAGACUUUAAAAUCCAUUUCUCAUUCUAGUUUUUAGAUGGACUUUAUUCACUAAAAUAUGUGCAGAAAUCUUUUCUUUUACUCUUUCUGAAUUUCAAGAGUAGAAAUGGGGUGAACCCAAGCUGUUAGAUAUAUAAUAAAUAAUUUUUCAUUGGCUAUGACUGAAAUUGGUUUAAAUGCAUUUAGUGUUCCCUUGUUUCUGUUCACUAAAGAUAAAACUGCUGUACCUUGCAAUGAACUUGGAACUUGUACUACAUUAAAAUUGGUGUCAUGAUCAUUGUAUUAGAGGGAAUAAUGUCUUCUUUUUCUCAGGUAAAUUAAGCACAGGUAUAGCAAGUGAAGAGCACCUUUUAGAGGACUAGGUUAAACAGGAACUAUGCAUAUCCUGUCUUCCUAAAGUUUUGCUAUUGUGUGUUUGGUAAAAAAGUAAACAUGUUAGUCAUUUGGCAAUUUGUCAUUUGAGAGUAACUUCAUAUUCAUAAUGACUUAAAAUAAAAAUCAACACUUCAAGAAGGAGGAAGAAAUCUCUGAGUUCCAAUGCCAAAAAAAAAAAAAAAAAAAAAGUGCACCUUAGUGACAAUAAACAUUUGUUGGUUAUUCUUGAUGUAGGAAUCAGCAAGUAUGACUAACAGAUGAGGCAGUUCGUACAGCGUGACUAAAAACUGGGUCUUACAGGAAUGAUUCAAAAUCUUGAUAUGGCUAAAUGGCCAGCAAGUUUUAAGAGGUUCAUAUUAAUGUUUUGGCACUUAUGGCUCAGAUUGUAAUAUCCAAUGAUACUGAAACAGAUGUGGCAGAAUGAUUUUUAAUUUGGAUAUUAGGAAUAUUAAUACUGAAAUACAUAGACAAUGAAUAUAGUUAUUUGCUCAACUGAAAAGUUUCCAUUUAAAAAGUAGGAAAAUAAUUGAUUUAAAAAUCCAUUAACAAGUAUAAUUUCCUGAUAAUGUUUCAGUAAUAAUCUUCUAUCUUUCUAAUUACAUAGAAAUUAUAGAAAUAUGUUAUUUAUGUUUCUAAUAGUUGAAAGGUAUAAUCUUUAAGCACACACAAACAUAUGAACAAACACAUAUAUACACAUAAUAGGAGUUGAAAAGAAAUUAUAAGCCUGCAUUCCAUAAUGCUUGAUUUUUUAAAAAAUGUAAUAAAUUUUAUGGGUUACAUUUAAAACUA